AAACACCCUAUCGAUUUUGACAACAACAUCAUCAUCAUCACCCUUGGAAUCUUUGAUUAACUUUAUUCUUUUUUCUUGAUUAUUCACACACAAACAUUUGUCAUACUCAUACUGUGUGUUUCUUGAAACCACUUUCAAUUGUUAAUGGUGUUCUUGUUGUCAUAGCCAUGAUUAUGAAUCUAAAGAAACUUUUUGCAAUCUCUGAUCACUUCCCAAAUUGUGCAUCUUCAAGAAAGAAGGUUGUUUUUGGAUUUGGGUUAGGGUUUGUUUCAUUUUUCAUUUAUUUAUUUGUGUUAUUUUCGAAAUUUUCUUUCAAAAAUCCCACUCCAAACCAACUUUUCUUCCAAGGGUUCAAUAUCAGGAACAAUAGUUCUCUUAUUUCUUGGUCUUUUUCUUUUAGUAGAACAUCCUCUUCUAAUUCCACUUCUUCUUCUUCAACAAGAGCAAUUUUUGUAGAAAAUGCCACACAAGUAGAACAAAACCCUACAAUUUUGAUCAGUGAGAACAUUGCUGAAUCAAAUGGUUCCAAUAUGGAUAUUAGUUUGAAGUUCUUGGGUGAUUUUGAUGGUAAAAACGGAAGCUUUAAUGGGAUUUCUGAGAAAGGUAUUGAUUUCGAAGAUACCCAUUUGGCAAAACUUAAAGAUGAUGUGGAAAAUGCAACCUUUACUGCAAUUAUUGCGAAGCCUAAUGAAGGGAAAGUGACAAUUGGUGAAAAGAGUGGCAAUGGGUCCAAUCGGAGUGUUGAAUCGGAUGGUUUAGAUCUAAAUCUUGAUGGCUUUUCAAACAAAGGGGGUUUUGCAGACACAGAUCAUGCUACAAUUUCUCAAAUAUUGGGGAACUAUAGUAGCUCUUUCAAAGAUUGUGAUAUCUUUGAUGGAAGAUGGGUGAAAGAUGAUACAAAACCAUAUUAUCCACCAGGUUCAUGUCCUUAUGUAGACAGAGAUCUCAACUGUCAUCUUAAUGGAAGGCCUGAUGAUGAGUUUGUAAAAUGGAGGUGGCAGCCAUUUGGAUGUGAGAUCCCAAGUUUGAACGCAACGGACUUUUUGGAAAGACUUAGAGGGAAGAAAUUGGUAUUUGUUGGAGACUCUUUAAAUAGGAACAUGUGGGAAUCACUUGUUUGCAUACUACAACAUUCUCUCAAGAACAAGAAAAGGGUUUACGAGAUUUCAGGAAAGAGGGAAUUCAAGAAAAAGGGUUUUUACGCCUUCAGAUUCGAGGACUAUGACUGUACGAUCGAUUUUGUGAGUUCUCCGUUUCUAGUCAGAGAAUCAUCUUUCAAAGGUGAAAAUGGUACUUUUGAGACGCUAAGAGUGGAUUUGAUGGACCGGACGACUUCAAUGUAUCAAGAUGCUGAUGUUCUGAUCUUCAACACGGGACAUUGGUGGACUCACGAGAAAACUUCCCGAGGGGAAGAUUAUUAUCAAGAAGGCAACCAUGUUUACCCUAGACUCAAGGCUCUUGAUGCAUACACCAGGGCUCUUUCGACAUGGGCUAAAUGGGUAGAUAAAAACAUCGAUAGCCAGAAAACUCAAGUUAUCUUUAGAGGAUAUUCAGUCACUCAUUUUAGGGGAGGGCAGUGGAAUUCAGGUGGGCAGUGUCACAAAGAAACCGAACCCAUCUUCAAUACAAGUCAGUUAAGCAAGUAUCCAUCAAAGAUGCGAGCUUUUGACAAUGUGAUGCGAGUGAUGAAGACUCCUGUAAUAUAUCUCAACAUUAGCAGGCUUACAGAUUACAGGAAAGACGGUCACCCGUCGGUUUACAGAAAGAUGUAUAAGUCCCUGUCCCUAAAGCAACAAAUUGGCGCAGAACAAUCACAAGAUUGCAGCCAUUGGUGUUUGCCUGGUGUACCAGAUGCUUGGAAUGAGUUGUUAUAUGCAUCUCUACUCAAGGUUGGAAGAGGUUCUUGGAAAAGCUGAAAUUUUGUUUAAAAAUUGUAGCAAGUUUCGGGUUUUUUCCUUUGGAAGGUCGAGAGAAUCGGGAGACUUUUAAGUUACUGUUAGAAUUUUGGGUGUCAUGGUUACAAUCACUAGGAUAUUUUCUUGGAAUGAGUUUAGAGAUUCUGGGUUUCGACCCUUAGAGCAUAGGUUUCAUGAACUCUGUAUCGAUAUAAUCCAAGAAAUCACUCUCGUUUUUA